AUUUGUACCGCACGCUUCCCUCCGUUUCCAGGGCUACUGCUACUACUGCUACUACUUAUAACGACUCCAAUCCUGUUAGCCUCGUUCCCCCGCAGAAGCGAAAGCGCAAGCUUGCAUCAUAAUAUCCAUCCUCAUUGGCUCCACGCGAGUUGCAAAAGCUCCAUCCGUCAAAAGCUGCUGUCUGCUCCCUUAGCAAAACUCCACUUGCAAGAGACUCUCCCACCUUGCCUGCAUUGAUUGCGACGACAGCAUCUGUCAAGAACAAGUAAAGUCGAGCCGAGCUCAAACAAACCCAAUCACAAUGUCUGAAACCGGUCUCCCUCCGAACUGGGAGGUUCGACACUCCAACUCCAAGAACCUGCCCUACUACUUCAACUCGGCCGAGCGAACCUCACGAUGGGAGCCCCCCGCGGGCACCGACAGCGAGAAGCUCAAGCACUACAUGGCUGCCCACCACAGCGCCGGUUCGCGGCCCGGAGCCGUGCCAGGCGUGCCCGAGGGCAAGAUUCGAGCUGCCCACCUGCUAGUCAAGCACCGAGACAGUCGACGGCCGAGCAGCUGGCGCGAGGCCGAAAUCACACGAACCAAAGAAGAGGCCAUGGAAAUCAUCAAGGCUCACGAGCAGACCAUCCGAUCUGGCGCCUCCACGCUCGGCGACCUUGCGCCCACCGAGUCCGACUGCUCGUCUGCCCGCAAGCGAGGCGACUUGGGCUAUUUCGGCCGCGGUGAGAUGCAAAAGGAGUUUGAGGACGUUGCCUUUACGCUCAAGGUCGGAGAGCUGAGCGAUGUUGUGUCGACGGCGAGCGGGCUGCACUUGAUUGAGAGGCUGGAGUAAGUUGUUGUUUGAAAGCAUUUAUUGCACCAACGAAGAAUGUAGUAUACCAAAUAAACAAAAAAAAAAAAAGAAAAAGAGGGGAAGGAGAGUGAUGGGAAGUAGGUGGAAUGAUAUGAAUGAAACGCAUGGAUACUCUCGAAUAUCAAUUUCUUAAAACCCGGAAAGAAAAAGAGAAGAAGAAAAAAAGAAGAUAAACGCUGAAUAGUAAGGACGCAAUUUCUGUAGGCGGCGCUGGAUAAGUAGCGGAAAGAAAUGCACCAUCGCUGGUAGAAACUAAAUCGUCGUCUUGUCCUUAUUUUAUACGGAACUUGUCUAAGUGCUAUCCUUGCUCUAUCGAAAGUUUUCUUGUUGAUCAACUUGGAGUAGCGAGGGAAAAGCUGAACGAUUUCAAUACAUCUCUU